CUGGGUAAUACAAUUCUUUCGAUCACUGUCGGGUACGAAGCGAAGAUAACCACACUUUCACUGGUAUAUUUCUUCUGGUUUACUUUUGCUGCGAGACGACCUCAGUUUGUAUCGAAUCGACUUCAUAUGUGUAUCGAAUCGUCUUCGAUUUAUAUCGAAACGACUUUGUAUCGAAACGACGACCAUGAACCGUUGACCUCACCGUUUCAUUAAAAUUGAAGGUUGGCAAGAGUGAUCAGAGUUAAAGACAUCUUUCGUGAAAAACAACUUUUUUAACUUCCCGUGACUUUGACCGCAAGUUCGCAAUUAAAACUAAUUUCCUCACAUAAAAUGGCCAUGCAACUCAAUCCCUCAAAAAUGGAUUCUUUUGUUGAAAGCUGGUCUACGAAGAGUGCAGUACACAUCUACGAAUUCAAAAUACGUAGGAAACUGACGUCAUGGUGUCUGCCGAAUUUUUGCGGUAUUUUAGAGCUGGAUACUUCAAUGUCUCCCUCUGGCUGAGGUUAUUCUGUUGUUUCCUUGUGCUGCACAAGAAACUGCUUAACCCUCACAGUGCUUCCAUCUCUCAGUCCACGUAUUAUAAAAGGGCAAUGGCGAUAAGUUAAGGAGACUUUAGAAUAAGCUGCUGGGGAUAGCCUGCUGUGGGUUUGCAUCUCAUCUAGGGGGGAGUAGCAAAGCUCUUAAUACUGCUUCAUACCCGGAUGAAAACUAAGUCCCGCAGAGCAGACCGGUUGACCCGAAUGGGACUUGAGCUUUUUUUACUCAGCAGACAGAAACGCUCGUAACAAUGUUUCCCGUACUUUCAUUUUCCUCAAUUUUUGAUGUGAACUUUUCCUCUUUCUUGAUCCGCAGUACGUGGUAUAAAGAUAACACGCGUGCGAUGUCUAGGACCUUACAACGAUUCGUACACGUGUCCUGGGCUGUCCGACCCUCCUGAAAGGACACACUGUUGUUUAUGGGAUGGUCAGCCUGCCUGUUGUCUUCCAGGAGGUUCGUCAUGCAGCGGCAGUCAUGCUGAUAAGAGAAAUUAUUGCCCGGGCCCCAACUAUGGAGAGGAACGGACGCAAUGUUGUUUAUGGAAUAGCCAGCCUGCUUGUUGCCCGCAGGGAGGUUCCUCAUGCAGUGACAGUGCUAAUAUCCGAAAUUAUUGCCCUGGUCCCGCUGAUGACGGGAGUAAUCAAACCCACUGUUGUGUAUGGAACAGUAAACCUGCUUGUUGCCUCCCCGGAGGUUCUUCAUGCAACGACAGUGCUGAUAUCCGGAGUUAUUGCCCGGGACCUGACGAGGGGAAUGAUCAAACGCACUGUUGUGUAUGGGACAGUAACCCUGCUUGCUGCCUUCCAGGAGGUUCUUCAUGUAGCGACAAUGUUAAUAUCCGAAAUUAUUGCCCAGGCCCCAAAGAUGGGAAGAACGCUCGCUUCUGCUCAGAGAGUAAUGGCAAGGUAUUUUGCAGCAAUGCACCCUUUUGGAUCACAAUCGGAAUUGUGUUGAAGUUCGUUGCUGUUAUCGUUCUGGGUUGUAUUUGUGCGAUCUGUUGCCGAUUUUUCCUAUGCCCUAAACUGUAGUACGACAUGUAAAUUUAAUAAAAAUUUCCUGUUAACUCAAUAUAAGUACCCUCACCUUAAAUGUAACAAAAGUAGGCGCUAAUUGUAAUAACUGAACCCCGGGAGUAUUCCCCGAAAAAUUUGGUUGGGGUGUGCGGCUCGCUUUCCAAAUUCCUAACCCUAAUUAUGACCAAAAUCUGCAAUUUUCCUUACCCUACUUAUCACCUGACCAAAAAAAACCGAUACCCUAGUUAUGACCGUUGCUGCUGAAACAGUUGCCCUAAAAAUAAUUUUUUGAAGGGCUUUUGUUUUAUGGUCUUAUCGAUAAUGAUGAAAAAGUAGCUUCUUCUAAAAAAAACAUACCCAAUUCAAGACUAGAGCACAAAAGCCAUACUCUUUUCAAGACCAAAAUGGGCAAAUCGACACCCUAUUUAGGAUCAAAACGGCUGAAAAAAUAUUCCCUUUGGGGCCGCACAUGCCUAUAUGACCCAUAUAGGGGAGUACCCCCCGAGGAUCUGAACAAACACGAAUUUUCUAGUGCCAUUUACACGCCAUCUUGCCCUUUGUUUACUCUUCUUUUUUUUCUCUACGUAAAUUACAAUAUAAUACAAUAACUUCCUUUAUAUAGCGAGUAUAUACAAAACUCUAUAUCGCUUUUCAGUCAUGAAAGUAAAAAUAAAUAUAAUAAUUUAAACUAAAUUAAGUAUAAACUUUAAGAUAGAAGUAAUUAUCUAAAAGCAAUUCUGAAAAGAUGAGUAUUUAAACGCGAUUUAAACGCGGCGACCGAUGGACUUAACUUAAUUUCAAGAGGGAGAUCAUUUUAUAGUUUGGGGGCAGCCACUGAGAAGGCUCCGUCUCCGUAAGUUUUAAGACGUACCCUAGGAAAUUGCAAAAGAUAUUUUCCAACAGAUCUUAAACUCCUUGGUGGAUUAUGGUGGACUAAAAGAACAACUUAUCAAACGGCACGAAUAAUGCCUCAAUAAGGAUAAACAGAACUUUACCUGAAUACAUGAACACAUCUUUAAGGAAAAACUUUGACGUCCAUUCGAGAAGUACUAGAAAUUGUAAUUUAAAUUUAUUAUGCCCCUCUCACAGAAACGCCUCUGAGGGAGGACGCACUUUCGCCGUCAGAACUAUUAAAGAUUGGAACAGUUUACCCCGGUCUUUGAAAACAGAGAAGUCCGUUAAAUCGUUUAAGGCUAAAUUAUGUAAUACUAUUCUUAACUCUCAG